UUUUUUACCUUUCUAUAAAAUUUGAAAGUAAUGUUAUUUGUCUAAUAUGAUUUUCACCAACUAUGUUAUCCAAAGAGUAUGUUUUAAAUUAAUUAUGAAAAGUUUCAUAUUUACCUUUAGAGACUCAUAAAGAGCCUAGUCCUCUGUUCUUCAUAAUUUUUUUUUGUUUGCUUAUUAGCUUUGAUUUUAACAGUACCUGUUCCAUGUGUUCUGGAAUGACAGAAGCAGUCAGCAGUUGCAAACUGAUUGGCCACAUCCAUAGUAUUGCUCUGAGCUGAUGAUUUUCACUCUGAAGUAGUUUUGCCCAUUGAUGGCUAAUGCCAGCUUUUUGUCUUAACAAAUCUUUUCAGGUGAUAAAGAGAGUGCACAGCAAGUCUGCUGUCACAUACAAAUAGGUGUGACUAAUUGUUUUUCUGUAGCAGUGUGUCCUUACUUGUUUUGGAUGGUAGCACAAAACCCCAGACCUUUAGUUAAACAUAUCCUGUAACUUGUCUGCAGCUCAUUUAUGUGACGGGCUAGAAACCUGGUUUGUUCUCUAUUUUUUUUGUGGCAUUUUGGCACAUCUUCUUUAAUUCUUGAAUUUAUUUGUUGUGGAGCUUUAAAAAAAUAUUAAAACACCUUCUUAGAAGAUGUAGGAUGAAAAAAAAAUAGGGACCAGUUGUAAAAGCAUUUAAAAUAAGCUUUUCAUUUUAAUUAUGUUUCUUAAGUAAAAAGUGUUUUGAAAUUAUUAGACCAUGGUUGUUAGUCUCCAGUCAUUAGCUGGUUUUGCAGUGAAAAAUGCAUAAGUGCUUCUAAGUUUUUGGUGUUUUUUCUUCUCCUUCUAUAAAAUAUAUAAAAGUUAGAUACAGCCUAACCCGUUCAACUAGAUUUGUAGUAACUCUGGAAUUAAUGGUGUUCUUUAAGGAAGAGUGUCUCUUAUUUGCUGUAGCUUCCUGGUGAGUGUCCUUGCACACUGAGUAGGGUGGUGCUAUAACUUACUUGCAUGUAAAGUAGUUCUGUUGCUCUCCUUGCUGUAGGAUAAUGAUUCUCUGCUUUCUGCCCAGAUUUGGUUGUGACUUGGUGCAUGACUCCAGUUGCACCUGAAGUCCCAGUAGUCUGCACCAGCUGCUCUGUAGGGUUUUGCUUUGGCUUUUCUUAGCUGUUGGUCACUGUAAAUGUGAGCACGUUUUGCUCUCUUGGGGAGCUCCUGUGCUUCUGUUUGGUGUCUGGGGCUGUGGGGAGGGGUGGGGGAAUGUUGUAUUGCCUCAGGAUUUCCACAUCAGUGUGUGUCACUCAAGCCCACAGGGACACUGCUACACAAACUGGAUUUCCUUCAUCAAGGGCAGAUACCACUCUAAGGCAGUUCAGCUUUUCCCUCUGUGUUUUGUAAGCUAAUUUUUUGUAUUGACAAAAUUCAUACUUUGAAGAAACUGUGAAUUUUUUAAUUUGACAUCUUUAAACUACUAUUUAAUGUCAGAAGACUUGUAAAAAUACUUAGAAGUCUAAAGUGAUAUCAAGUCUUGAAAUCUGAAGACUUCAGUGAGGGCUGAAAAUCCAUGUAGCUCAAGGACUGGUGCACAGUGAGUGUAAUGUCUGAUGUUCUAAACCCUGCUCACUGCAGGAGGUGUGCUCCUUAGUGUGUGUGUGUGCCUGGAAUCCUUGGGAGCAUGUCCCUAGGAAUGGUGUAGACUGUGAACACAAGAUUUGAGUGCCUCAUAUUAAAAUAAGAAAAAGGAAACUAAUUAAUUCAUUUAAAACUUCAGGCAUGAGAUGUGAAGUCAUGCAAGGACAGAAUAACUGCCAUGGAACAUUGGUUUUAUGUGUUGAGGGGACAGGGAGAUGGGCCCAUGGGCACUGUGAUUAUCUUCAGAGACACAGUGGUAGGAGUUGAGUUUUCUGUCCUUGAACAUUUAUUUAUUGGACAGUGUGGGUUUUCAGUGUCCGUAGAUGCAACACUCAGAUAUCUGAGUCCUGAAGCUUUUAAAAUAUGCCUAGGAUUUGUCAGUGUUACACCUUUAGUGCUAAAAGGAUUGAGAAGUUAAAGAAAUCUAAGGUUACUUCAUCCAGUUCUGCUAACGUCAUCUUGGACAAAAAACAACAUUUCAGAAGGCAGAGAAACCUUUUUUGAAUAAAGAUGAUUAACUUACCCAAGCCUGUUAUGAUUAAAACUUCCAACUGCAUGUUUGGAGAGAGGAGGAAGGGAGGAAUGUAGUGUCUGAGUACCAAAAAAGAAGCAGCAAGGUUAGCUGAGGUCUGCAAGUGUGCUUUGGGGUUUGUGCCCUGCAUUGUCAGGUGGUGGCAAAGGGCCCUUUGGCUGACUAAACUGCAGUGCCUCAGAGGAUGGCCGAUUCUCUCCAUCACUUUUUGCUGUCUUGCAUCCAGGGUAAUGUGUUUUAUGCAGCCACUGUUACCUGUUAUUAAGCUGUAAGCUAUUCCCUUUUAAAAACAAAAUGAAAAAUGAAAUCCCAGGUUGUGUUGAUGAUGCUCAAAAAACUCAACCAAGUCCUUUGUCAGAAGACUGUCUAGUCUGGCAGUGGCACGACAGAAUCAAUUGCUGGAAGCUGAAGAUGAACUAGUAAGUGGGAGUUGGUGCAAAUAAAUAUAAUUGCUUCAACAUACAACUAAAGAAAAAAUGAAUUCUUCUCUAAAAUUGAAAGCCUUUUGGAAGGUAUUAUUUGACAACACAGAUCAUUGCAGAGAAGGGGUGACUGGAUGCAUAAUGAUUCGUGAUGUUCAGUCAUACAAUACCUAGUUACUCCUUCUAGUGUUCAGAGACUCAUGGGUUAAUGAAAUUGUUCCAUCUUUGCAGUUUGGUCAGUAUAGCAGACAAGGAAAAUGGUGUGGGCUUAGUAUUUUUUCUGCACCAUUCUUCCUCAGUGUCAAGAGACUGAGAAGAGGAGACAGGACCAUCAUUCCUUAGGAUCCCACAGGUCCAAGGAAUCUGAAGGCAGUGGAUAUGUGAGGGCCUGUCAGCAAGCAUCAGUGUCCAUUCCAAGAAUGCUCCAGUAGUGAAGAGAAGAAAGGAAGAAAGAAAAUGGAAAAACAACCCCACCAAAACACCAAAAACUGUUCUGGUUUUGGCCCUUGCUGCCUUCAACACUAGCUGAAUGAUCAGCAGUGAAACUGCCCUGGUGCCAAGAUUGUGGCAUGGUCCUCUUACACUGGUGCAAAAUCAGUCUGUUCUCAGCCUGCUUCUGGUGAAACUUGGAAUCUGUAUCCUCAUCUCCAUCUUGGGAAGUCUUCGGUCACUCUCUGUGUUGGAACACAACCGUGUGGAACUGAAGAUGAGAGCUCAAGGAUUUCUAGGAUUGUUUUCGCUACUCUGCAGGUUAUCAGGGAAUGCUCACACGUGGUUUGGGUCCAGGCACAGCCAGUUACCAGCUCCUAAUGGGGAAUUGGGAGUCACAAUUUCCUGAGCAUCCCAAGGUCCAAGAUAAGCUGUGCUGAAGAAAAGACUCAAUGGUAUCUUGGAGCUGCAAGCAGUGAAUUGAGUGGCUAUGGCCAGUACAAAGCAUUUUGGUUCCCAGUUGGCAGUUCCUUGGAGACAGCCUCUCAGAAGGUGUGUCAGACAGAAGUCCUGUUUCAAAAUACUGAUGACUAUUUCACUAAUCCCUGUAUAAUGGCUGCUGCUGCAGCAGUGAGACAGGAUGGAUGUUUUAAAUCACUCCUGAAUGCUAAAACCUAACACUGGUCAUUCAUGGCUGGUGUCAUAGCCAUCGGUCCUGUGGCUUGUGAGUUAUAAGAGCAGCUCUGCUGGCUUGUUUUAGCCCCUGCUUCAAGAGGAUUUAACUUUUGGAGAUGCACUUUCCACUACUAUAAUGGAAUAAACCACCAAAAUAUAGGAACAAAAAUUCAUUAGAUUUAAUUUCAUUGAUGGAUUCUGAACCAAAGCUGCCCUACAUAGAAGAUUUUGGGACAGAUAUUUUCAGUUGUGCUUUGUGUUAUCAAAGGCUUUAGUAAGUUUCUUGCUGGUUUUGGCAAUGAUUAUUAUUUAGCUGUAAAUAAAUUGAAACAGAAUCAUACCUUUUAGUAUAGGUAUUUAGCACAGUAAUUUUUGAUUGAGGCUAAAGUGUGUGUUUCAAGAUGUGAUUCUUUUCUUCCAGGUAUGUGUUUUGAUUUACUCAUCUUUCAAGCUGAUGUUAAAUAUAAGUUUUCUGGCAUCUGCUUUUCUUCCUUGUUCAGAAGGGACAUUUCAGUGAGAGUAGAGAUGCUUCUUGGUCUUGCUCCCUUAAUUCAAACAUGUAACUUUACAGAGUAUAUAAAUCAUUGAAGAUCCUUUAGGCAUUGCUUUGAUGAAAAAUGAAGAGCAAGACAUCAAUUUCAGUCUUACUCAACCAUUGUGUAUUUUUAUUUGUUAAGACAAUCUCAUUUCACUUUUUCUUUUUUCUUUUUUUUUCCUUUUUUUUGGUGAUUCCACCUUACUUUUUUUUAGAUGAGAGGAAGAGGUCGAACUCCUUGGUUUUUUGGCGUGCAAUUACCAUUACAGGGGCAAACAAAAUAUUAUAGCAUAACACAUUGUCAGUUUACCUUCUGAUUAUUAUGGAUUAGUAGAAUUUGUGUGUAGGAACAGAUCCUAUUACCUUGCAACUUCCACAUUCUUCUUAGAUUAUGGCACUUCCUGGCUGUGUAGCAUAAAGACAAAUCUGAAUUUUAUUCCUUGGCAAUUAUUAGAAGUUGAGUUAUAUCACAUUUUAAUAUGCUUUUUAAAACUAAAUUUAAAAGCCACUGUAGUAUUUCUCAACCUUUCUAGAAAUAUUAUUAAAAUAAAAGUUUAACAGUGUUCCCUUUGACAUAAAAUUCAACACUACGCUCUCUGCAGGUAGCACUGAUUUCAAGUGAUAGUGUCAAAGUAAGAAUUGAAUGAAGGCUGCAUUCAGUCUGCGGUUAAACCCCUUGUGCCCAGCUAUUCCAUUAAAUGCAUGUUACACAAGCAAGGAUUUGGCACAGACAUCCUAUUUCAUGGCUACCAACAGCCUUCACCUUACCACAUUCUGUCUUCAGUACAAGCCCACAGUGAUAGC